AUAAUAGAAAUGUCAAUAAGAUUAUAUUAUGAGAUGAAAAGAAUAGCUCACGAAUUCACUGAAAAAGAAAAAGAAAAUUUCAUACAGGAUAUCCUUGAAGCAAAUAAGGAUAACAAAGAAUUACAAAAUUUAUUCAGAAUAAGAAAAUUCUCCACAGAAAUGACUAAUAAAAUAGAAUAA